AUGCAGCUGCCCGCCCCAAACAAGGCUGAGUUUGUGGCUUACUACCUGCUAUACAUGGCAGCCACAUUCGGCAACUUCAAGAAGAAGCCCGAUGAGCUGCAGAAGGUGCUGCGGUCCGCGGGGCCAGAGGUCCAGGCCAGCCCAUUCUUCUCCUUUGCCCUCAAGAUGAUCUCCGCGAUCGGCUCCUCCAACUGGUGCGCCUACUUCCGCCUCCUGCGGGGCGCCCCCCUCCUCCUCGCCUCGGCCGCGGCCCUCCACCUCGCCAACAUGCGCAGCGUCGCCCUCAAGGCGCUGCUCUUCACGGGGGAGAAGGCCCCGGACCCAGCCUCAGCCACCGGCCGCACGACCGGCGUCCCCCUUUCUCGUGUGGCUGCGGAGCUCUGCUUUGACUCCCUCGAGGCCGCUGAACAGUUUGCUAGGGCACACACUGUACCGGAAUGUGUUUCGCUGCGCCUCGCCGCACGCGGCAGCGAGCUGUGGGUGCUGCGUGCCGUCAACCCGGCCACGCGGCAGCUGCGCGGCUGGACGGUGCCGAAGCAGCUGCCGCGCAACCACGAGUCGUGGCUGGCGUCCAAGGUGCCCAAAGGGCGAAUCCUCGACUCGGUGACUAACCCCUGCGCGCCGCCGGGGCCGAGCCUCGAGCGCCCGCCGGCGGGCGCGGCGGGCGCCGGCGCGGGGUUUGCCGCGUGGGGCGGCCCCCCCAGUGCGGGGGCGUCGCCGCUGGCCCCCUACUCGCCGCUCGACGACGCCGCGGGCGCGGGCGCGGCGGUGCAGGCGCCGGGGCGGUUGUUUGCGCCGCCCGUGCCGGGGCCGGCGGCGCGGCAGCAGCAGCAGCAGCAGCAGCAGCAGAUCCGGGCGACAUCAUCAGGGAUCCUUUCAAAGGUCACCAACUUCAUAUUUGGCUCCCCCCAGCAGCAGCAGCCUGCCCAGCAGGCGCAGCAGCCAGCACAGCAGCCGGCGGCACCACUUCAGCAACACGCGCAGCAGCCCAAGCCCUUGGCGGCGGCGGCGGCGACAGCAGCGCCAGACGCACCCAGGCUGGCGUUCGGUUCGCAGGCUGCGGCUGCACCUGCGGCGUUUGACAGCACGGGCGCGUUGCCGCAAUUUGGCGCCGCGGCCGCAAACGGCGUCCCUCCCACCGUGCCCCAGCAGCAGCAGCAGCAGCAGCAGCAGCAGCAGUUGCCUGGCGGAUUGCCGGCGGCAACCGCUCCCCUCGACCCGCGGCUGGUCGCGGCGGCCGCGCAGGCGGAGGCCCACCGCCUGGCCGCGCAGCACAUCGCGGCCGCCCAGCAGGCCGCCGUCGCCGCCGCCGCGCAGGCCGCGGCGCUCCACGCCGCGCUCGAGGCGGAGCGGCGCCGCAGCGCGGCGGCGGCGGCUGAGCUGGAGGCUGUCGUGCGCGCGCAGCGUGAGAGGGACGCGGCGGCGGCGGCAGAGGCGGCUGAGCAGGAGGAGGAGCGCAGAAAAGCGGGCCCCUUUGGAUUGAUUGGUAUCCUCUUAAUCAACCUUUUGUGA